UUCCAGAGUGUUCAUCGACUCCAUCGAAUGCUCUCCAGCAAUCGAUUCAGUUUGACCGAGUCCCUUGAAGCUACCGCAUCGCGAAGCGCAAGAAACAGUCCAAACAAUGUUAUUGGUGACGUCGCUGCAGGUCUUCUUGCUGCUCUUAUCAGCGCCACGGCAAUUGUUCGCUUUCAGAUAUUACGACCUUGAAGACGUUGGUUUUUAUGGGGCACGUGGCACAGAUGCGGAAUGUGACGCCCACUUGGUGAUUAAGAGCUGGAUCAAUGAGCAGAUUGUGACCAAUGCAAAGUUAACCAGUCUCAACCUAAACUUGGGCAAGGUGCUGGAUGUCAUAAAUAACACGAAUCCCAAUCAGGCUGGCGAGGAGCAUUGCUGUUUCUACGAGAAUAAAACGAUGAGUACUAUAUUCAAAGGCUUAGGCAAACUGACGACCACCAGCGAUACGCCAAAUACCAACCCGCUCGAAGCAACUGGCGAUUUGGGCAAAGAUCUGGACAUCAUUUUGGAUCAAUUGAAAGCAAUAUCAUCGAAGAAAAUGAAAACUUGCUGCGAGAAAUUGGCGGAAAAUCUGAAAACAGUCGAAGCUGAUUUAAUGAAAGAAUUAGAGGAGGUACGCAGGAAACUGAAGAAACAGCACGGAGAAGUCAACGACCAAGCAGAUAAGCUAAAGAAAAAGCAAACUGAUCUAGAGAAUCAAUUGAAGAGUGUCACGAAUCGCAUCGAGGAGCUGGAGAAGCAGCAGAAAGUCAACAAAGAGGAAGCGGCCAAAUGUUGCAAGGAGUUGAACGACAAAGUGAAUGAAUUGAACAAGCAGCUAGAGCAAGCCAAAGCUGAGGCCAGCAAGAAAGCCAAACAGCUGGAGAAGGACAUCAACGAUCUAAACCAGAAGCAACAGGAGCAUGCGAAUAAGUUGGAUAUUCUACAAAAAGAAACCGAGAAACACGGUACAAUUAUUGCUCAAACAACGCAAGUUUGCAUUGAUAACUGUGGAAAUGGAACUGGAAAUGGACCUAACAAAAUCAAAGAACUGGAGCAAAUGAUUGUUAAUCUGGUCGAGAAGUUCAAUCAAUUGUCCAAUUUAUCGAUUGCCACAGCAAAUUGUUCGAAAAUCAUGGAAGAACUAAUUGAAAUUCAGAAUACACUCAAUCAACUGGGUAAUCAAACGUCAGGCAACAACAAUUGUCCCUCCCUGGCGGAAUUGCAGGCAGAAAUCGAAAAGGCUAAGCAGUGCUGCAAUAGAAUCGACGCAUUAUCCCAGAAACUGGAUGACAUGAUGAAACAAAUUGAGGAAUUAAAAAAUAACUACACAAAACAUGUGACACAGCUAGAAACGAGCUUAAGUCAGGUGCAAGAGAAGAUCGAUAAUGCUUUUGCACAAUUGCAGAACAUCUCCACAGCAAUACAAACAUGUACUAACGGCAAUGGAACCGAUGAAUCCGAGGCCCAGGCCAAGCGCCUUGCAGAUCUGCAGAAUCAGGUUAACUCGCUGAAAACCAUUCUGAAUAUGACCCAAACAAAUCUCAAUAUUAAUGAAGCAAAGCUCGUCCAGCUUGAUAAAACUCUCGACGAGAAAUGGAAAGAAUUUCAAAAACUCAAUGCGGAUCGCCUGAAGAAUUUGACCGAAUUCAAAGACCAGACGGAGAAACGUUUGUAUGAACUGCAGCUCCUAUUGAGCAACAGUUCAAGUGCGCCCGAUCAAAACCUAACUGAGCGCGUUAUUAAGUUGGAAAAGCUACAUGAGAAAAUGCUAGUGGAUAUACAGAGGAUACUUGAGCUGCAAACGAUGAUCUUAAAUCUGGAAAAUCAGCUUAAAGAGGCGCUGCAAAAGUUAAAAGACCACGACGCAAAGUGGCCCAUCAAGUACACCAAAGCCUACUACACCAAAGCGUACUACAACAAAGCGUACUACAACAAAGCGUACUACACCAAGGCCCACUCGACGCAGCACGCCUAUCAGCAUAAUUGGUAG